AAUCUUGACCGGAUGUGCUGUGCCGUACUUCGGGUAACUGACGGUUGUGUGUCAGUCAGUCAAUCGAUGGUGCCGCUGCUGAGCAGAAAAACAGGCGAAAAGACUCGUAAAUUGGAACCAACAAGAGAAUUAAGUCUUCAGUUAAACAUAAACCCUCAAGAGGAAUAAACCUGUACCAGGCCCUACACACUGAGUGUAACUCAGGGCAGCAGCGAUGUCGGGCUCCUAUGAUGACUCCAUGAUCGAUGUCUCCAGUGACAGCUUCUGGGAGGUUGGUAACUACAAGCGAACAGUGAAACGGGUAGACGAUGGCAACCGACUCUGUAAUGAUCUGAUGAACUGUAUUCAUGAGCGGGCCCGUAUUGAAAAGGCCUACGCACAGCAGCUCACAGAAUGGGGGAAGCGCUGGCGGCAACUCAUAGAAAAAGGCCCUCAGUAUGGUUCGUUAGAGCGGGCGUGGUCUGCUCUGUGCACGGAGGCAGAGAAGGUGAGCGAGCUCCACAUGGAGGUGAAAGCAGCACUGAUGGGAGAAGACUACGAGAAGCUGAAGAACUGGCAGAGAGAUGCCUACCAUAAACAGAUGAUAGGCGGCUUCAAAGAGACUAAAGAGGCUGAGGACGGCUUCCGCAAGGCUCAGAAACCCUGGGCAAAGAAACUCAAAGAGAUGGAGACGAUGAAGAAGUCUUACCACUCUGCCUGCAAAGAAGAGAAGCUGGCAGCCAGCAGGGAGACCAACAGCAAAUUGGAGAGCAACAAUAACCCUGACACCCAAAAGAAGCUCCAAGAAAAGGUGGAGAAGUGUCAGCAGGAAGCGCAGAAGGCUAAAGAACGCUAUGAGAAAUCCCUCGAAGAACUCGACAAGUUGACCCCUCAGUAUAUGGAGAACAUGGAGCAGGUGUUUGAGCAGUGGCAGCAGUUUGAAGACAAACGCAUCCGCUUCUUCAGAGAGCUGCUGCUGGAGGUUAAACAGCACCUGGAUCUCUCAGCCAAUCACAGAUUCCAGACAGUCUACCACACACUGGAAGACACAAUCUCUGCUACUGAUGCUGAAGAGGAUCUGAAAUGGUUCCGGUCCAAUCAAGGCCCCGGCAUGCCAAUGAACUGGCCCCAGUUUGAGAAUUUGGACUGGUCCCAUCCUCGCUCCUUUAAGAGAAGGUCCAUUGUAGACUGGUCCAUAGACCUGAACCGAACCCUCAGCAGACGAGAAAAGAAGAAGCCAUCAGAGGGCAUCACUCUGACAGGCAUCAGUCAAACUGGGUCAGACCAGCAUGUUCAGCCUGCCAAGACCAGCAGCAGCCUGACUGUGCCCACUAAAACAGCACCAGUGGGCUCAAAUCCCUUUGAAGAUGACGAAGAGGAGGAGGAGGAAGAGGAGGAGAAGGAGAUGGCCGUGGAGCACCAGACCACAGUCAACCACAUCAGUGUGAAUAAAGAGGAAAUAAAAACUGCGAGCAGUAUGGAGAAGACCCCAGACUGGUCAGAUGAAGACACAGGUGGUAACCCUUUCUCUGCCAACGGUGAUGGGAAUCCAUUUGAAGAUGAACCGGCUUCUCCAGUCGUAUCUGUGCCUGUCAAAGCCCUCUAUGACUAUGAAGGACAGGAGCAGGACGAGCUGAGCUUCAAAGCAGGAGAGGAGUUCACCAAAAUUGGCGAAGAAGAUGAUCAGGGUUGGUGCAAAGGCCGGCUCAAGGAUGGACAAACAGGCCUUUAUCCUGCUAACUAUGUGGAAGACAUCCAGUAAUGAAUUAUCACAAAUGAAUAAAUGUGAAUUAAAAAAGUGAUGUGUUUUGCGAAUUGACAGUGCAGCUGGAAACAAGAGGGCUCUGCCUUAUUUUCAACCCUUUUCUCUCUGUUGGUUAAGACCGCACUGGUGUGGGAGAAGGACAGAGAAGAGAAGUUGCAGAUUGUAAACGGACCACUUGAGAUAUUGUUGCUUGCCACAGAUUGACCUUCAUAGAAACUAGGUUUCCAGAUGAUUCCAGGAAGAGGACAGAGAAAAAUUGCUGUCAUUGGAAGAUGUGUUAUGUUAUUUAGAAUCCCAUUUAUGCUGUUACAAAAAUAAUAGCCUUUUCAAGUAUAUUUUAGAUAAGAUUCAGUUAAAUGUAUGUGUGAAUUUGUAUAUUGUUUAAACGAAACACUGGGAUGACAAAUCGUCCAACAAUGUUAAAUGCAGUCUUAAUAUGCAAGCCACUAUGGAUUCAUUAAGGGAGAUGACCCUCUUUACAACCAUAAUUAUCUGUUUUAGGUUUGAAACCAUUUCUGCCUGUCAGAAUCCAGUCCAUAAAUGUUAAUUGUUGGAUUUAUUUUGGUCAAAGUAGGCCCUUAUGUUGAGAUUUAACUUGAUUUUAAACAAUUGCUUACAUUGUUCUGUCAUUUCUUUCAGGGUUUUGUUUUUCAAUUCAGUUAACUGUUCAUUAACUGUUCUGGUUAUUUUAUACGGAAUGAAGAUCAGUAGAUCCUUAUCCUGAUUUAGUUCACAGUGGGUAGGUUUCUCCAGUCACUGCAAUUGAAUGUAUAUUCACUGAUUGUAUUUUCUCACUUAUUGAUUGUUCACUUUUGCUGAUGUUGAUGAGGUUUUUGCAGCCACUGACCCAUUAACCCUCUGAACAACUGUCCUCAAGCUUUUCACACAGAUCUCUCUACUUUCUUUUGACUGUAGAUUGUAAUACUAUGAGUCUUUUUUUUUUUUAAAUGCAACACUGAAAGUUUUUCACAAAUGUUUAUCUCACUUGAAUCUCCAUGUUUUAAUUAUCUCGCUUCUUGUUAAAUGUAAAUUUAUGGGAGAAUAUUUUAGUGUUUGUUUUGUUUUUUAAAAUAUAUUACAAGUCAUAGCAAUAAAACCACAGCACAAGUAUGGCCUUGCAUACAUGCAUGUAAAUAGCCUGGAUGAAACAUAUUAGAACAAAUUAAGCAUCAAGAUCAGAUGAUAUGUAGUUGGGAAAUUGAUGAUUGUUAAUUUAUGACGCCACAAGUGCUUUUGUUCUACUCUUGAUAGAAUGCUGUGACUGAGAAUCUGAGUUUGUAUAGUAAUUAAAUAUUUUAUGGCAAAUAUCCCUCAAAUCUGUUAUUUUGUUAUAUUUGUAAAUAUGAUUAUUUUUUUCCCUUCACAGAGGGCCAUACUCAUUGAAUUAAUAAACAAAUACCAUGUGAAUAACUGUUAAUUUUGUCUUAGGAGCUAUGACAUGAAUGGAUAUACCUAAUUUCAUGACUUCAACACGUGUUUUGAUCAUGAAGUAUUUUGUUGAUGAACUGCCAUUGCGCAAGCUCCAAAUUCAUUAAUUGCCAAGUGUAUGGAUGAAAUCACUGAAAAAAGAACUGCUAUUUGAUACCUUUAACUGCAGCAUGAGAGGAAUAGGAUUUUUUGUUUUUGAUGAUAGUGAGAAAGGAGUUGUCUUGCAAUGUUUUCAGGGCACGCUGUCGUCAAAACGCAGCAACAGCUGUACUUGCACAGUAAGGUUUGUAAAUGUUGUCCCACAACAUAAUAAAUGAAUUUAUUGGAAAAAAUA